AUGGAAAGAAAAAGGCGCUUUCCUUGUAUUAAUGAAGUUUUUAGUGAUGACUUAUAUUUUAAUCUUGGCUUAUUAUCUAUCUUAAUAAGCUCAUUUGUUGUUUUUUUUCUACUUCUUUCAGUUCCUUCAAUAUAUGAUAAGGUUUCAAUUGAGGUAGAUAGGGUUGCAAUACAGUCAAUGACAUAUAAAAAAAAUUCAGAUAAAAUAUGGCAAAUGAUUCUAUCAUUACCUAGUAAAGAUUUUCCAGCUUCUUUAUUUUUUUCAAGAAAUAAAAGAAAUCCAUGGAGUUAUGAUAUUUGUAAAGCAUGUGCAUCAUUAAUUUGUCCUAAUGGAGCUCCAGGAGUAAGUGGAGAACCAGGUAUUGAUGCUGCUCCAGGUGAACCUGGUAAAACAGGAAGACCAGGAAAUGAUGGUAUUGAUAUAUCUUUAUCAUCAUUUCCAGAAACGCCAUGUCAAAUUUGUCAAUCCGGUCCAAUGGGAAGUAGAGGACUUCAAGGUGAACGUGGAUCCCCUGGAUUACCUGGUCCUAUUGGUGAUCCUGGAGAAAGUGGAUUACCAGGACUUGCAGGUCAACCCGGUAAACGUGGAGCACCUGGACGAUAUGGAGAAAGAGGACCGAUAGGAAACAGAGGUCCAGAUGGAGAUGUCUCUAUAAGUGGUAUUGGAAUUAAAGGACCAAAAGGACCACCAGGAAAUGCUGGCCCAAGAGGAAAUCCAGGACUUGCAGGGAAACCUUCAAAUACACCUGGUAAUCCAGGUCUUCCUGGUAACUUUGGUCCACAAGGAAUGCAAGGAAAAGAAGGAAAUAGCGGUGAUAUAGGUCAAGAAGGAAUAGUAGGCCCACCAGGUGAAUCAGAAGCACGAUACUGUCCUUCAGAUUGUGGUGUUAGUCAAAUAUUAGCACCAGAACAAGGUUUUAUAGAUAUAAAUGUUCCAAAUAAUAAUGAAGACAAAUUAUACAUACAAAGUUUAUUUCGUGGUUAA